AUGUAUCUACCCAACCUUCUAACUUGCAUCAUCGCCAUCUUCACCCAUGCCCACGCCGCCCCGAGGCCCGACUCACUCGCAGUAAUAUGCCCCAAGUCCAACACAAGCUCCUCGCCUUGGCCAGGAACCACCCCCUUUACUGCCAUGCCUCUCCCAACUCUCCCAAGCGCAGGCGACUGCGCUCCCGGCGGCGUCUGUGACUGCUCUCGAAUACCCGACAAGAAUAGCAAUGAGUUCGUACCAUUCACCUAUCCGUACUUACCAAGGUACAUAGCCACACUAACCACGGCUAGAUACUUUCAAUGUAUCACCAAUCCCAACUGUGAAUACUGCUGGGUCGGCAGAUCAACCACGUCGACGUCCUCGUCGUCCAAGACCCUCGUCGCCAAUUCCACCAGCAUCUCCAUCACCGACUAUCGCACCAUGUCGCCCGGCACCUACAUCAUCACUACCAACGGUACCGUAAUCAAUAUUGUUGUCACACAGGAAAUCGCCACUCCUACCUCUUCUACGCAGGUCUUUGUAACCAUGACGGAGACAGUGGUAGUUACCGUGUCGUCCGCAUCUACUUGGACUCCAAGUAAAUCCAGUUCGACUGCGACGGUGGAUGAUGAUUGUUAUGGACGGUGUAACUGCUCCAAGGUCGAGGAUAAGGACAGUAAGGGGAGCAGAUUCUUCGAGUGCCUCACCAACCCCGACUGUGAGAAAUGCCACUCCACAAACGCAGCGGCCUUGGCUACCAAGACGACUGCCUCGAGCAGGAUUUCCAAGAGCUCUGCGUCUAGCACUACGACGACGACUUCAUCUUUUGGCGCCCCUACAGACGCUUGUCCUUUCUUCUGCGACUGUUCGGGCAUUGAAGAUAAAGACAGCGAAGAGUAG